UCCAACAUUUCACAAUAUUAUCUCUCAUGCAAAGCCUUUCCCAACACGUUCAUUCCAUACUACACUUUCCUCCCUCUUCCCUCCCGCGAACAAAAGACGGGAGAAUCCUUCACCUGAUCGUCUUCAUUAAUCACAUCUCACCAGUCUUUUGCAGCACCAAUUUUUGAACCCAAAAUCUGUCUGUUGCACCAUGAGCGACCUCUUGUCUGGCUCCUUCUCUCGCUUCCGCGAUAGUGGUGACAGCCACGCCAUUGAGGUGAGCUCUUACGCCGGUGGCGGUGGCGCCGGCGUCAACCUCGACAAGUUCUCCGAGGAUGCCGAGUCGAUCAAGGACGAGCUCAAGGAGAUGGAGAGCCUCCACCAGAGGCUCCAAUCCUGUCACGAGCAUAUUCAGACGCUGCACAACGCGAGGGCCGUGAAGGACCUGAGGGCCUGGAUGGAAUGGGACGUGGGCGAGGCCCUGAAGAAGGCGAAGGCAGUGAAGGUGAGGCUCGAGGCCCUCGAGCGGGCCAACGCCGCGAACCAGAACCUCGCUGGCUGUGGGCCAGGGUCGUCAUCGGAUCGGACAAGGACGUCGGUGGUGGACGGGCUGGGGAAGAAGUUGAAGGACAACAUGGAGGGAUUCAACAAGCUGAGGGAGAAGUUAUCGUCAGAGUACAAGGAGACGGCGAAGCGGAGGUAUUUCGCAGUGACCGGACAGAAGCCGGCCAAAAGGACGGUGGAUCUUCUGAUUUCUACUGGCGAGAGCGAGACGUUCUUACGUAAAGAGAUCCAGGAACAAGGCCGAGGCGGGUUUCUUGACACGAUCCAAGAGAUCCAGGAGAGUGACGACCCGGAGAAGGACAUGGAGAGGAACCUCAAGAAAUCCCGCCGCCUGUUGUUCCUGAUCUUUAUUGUCAUGGUGCUCAUGGCGUUGCUGAUCGGGCUCUCAGCAGCAAUUUAGCCUUGGAUUUAGUAGCGGGGCCACGACACAAGGGCUGCGGCGCAGCUUUUGGUGUCUUUCUCGGAGUCUUGUUUUGAUUGUUGCUAGGGUGGAUGUUGCUUUUGGUUUUGAAGACAGAUAUUCUUUGUUGACGCUUGCUAGGUCAAUGAAUUUCAUUGAUUAGUUCAUCUAUGUUACAUAAGGUGUUGAGUUCCUAAAUCGUGAGGAGGAACUGUCUUCUCAAUGUAAUUGUCACAAGAUGCACAUUUGCCUAAAAAUGGCACUUUUCCCAAAAUGAAAAAAGUGCCGAAAAAGUCCUAAACCUUUUGCAUUUGUGCCAAUUUAUUCCUAAACCUUUUUUUGGUGCCAA